AUGGAGCCUGGCAAUGUGAAACCAGAGCCCAAUCAAACACAAGGGAUCAUCUCUAUCCCCAACCGCCCAUUCGCUGAGAAAGUCGCGGCGGCUCUCAAGGAGCUGAGACAGAAGCAAUCCGCCAGCACACCUCCUGCUGCGAUCUUGACACCGACAUCUGUAACACCCGCUUCAGGAACAACUGCAACUCCUGCCACCGGCGCCAUGGAUGCAGCCGAUAGCAGCGACUUGCAGAUCGAGGAAACUGAGUCUGCCUCUGCCCUCGAGGAGACCACUACGCGUGUGGAUCGCCCAAUUACCCUACAGCAACCUGAAGAAAGGUUAGCUGCAAAGAGAAAGAGACCUGCCCUUGACCCUCUCAAGUGUACGUGCGCUGUCUCCGAAAAAUGCUUAAGAGCUGCGAGGGAUGGCGUGGUAGACUGUCGAAUUGGCUCUGGCGCCCCAAUCCCCAAGCGCAAACAGACGCGCGUAGGCCCCAGGCCUGGUCGCGAAAAUGAGCCCUUCCGCUACAUCUCACCAAAGGAAAGAGGUCGCCUCCAAAGAUCAGCUGACGAUGUCCUCUCAUUACUCACGCUCUUCAAACGAGCAUCCACCGCCCCGGAGGGCGAACGCCCCGCCAUCUUCAACGGAAUGCGGGGACGCAUCCAACAACUGCAAUUCUACGAUGUCAGCGCAGCUCUCCCUUCCCUCCUUCAAAAAUUCAUGGAUUACAACACCGGCCUUCCAGCCAUCGUUAACAGCCCCGACGACGCCGUCCCCUGGGACAUCAAGUUAGAUUGCGAAGCGAUCCUCUUCCGCUGGCAACGUGGGGACUUCGACCCGAAUUUACUCCGUGGCAUCAUGACUGCUGAACGCAACAGAUCCGCCCGCAAACUCGACCCCACCUACAAAUUCAAACGAGACAGCAUCGUUGUCGGCGACAACCACCUGCGCAACGGCCAAUGGUUCCCGCUGCAAAUCACCACAAUCCGCGACGGCGCCCACGGCGAAAUGGAAGCAGGCAUCUCCGGCCGCAACAAGGUCGGCGCCGUCUCCAUCAUCCUUAGCUCGGCGGGGAAAGGGUACCCAGACGUCGACCAGGGGGAUACCAUCGCCUACUGUGGCACGCACGGCAAGGAUGGCCAGAUAUCCGCGGGCACGAACCUGCUGAUCGAAUCACAUGCGAACCGGACGCCCAUCCGCGUCCUGCGCAGCUCGAAGCUGCCCAAGAUUAACCCUUAUCGUCCCGUUGCCGGGUUCCGGUACGACGGGCUCUAUGAGAUUCAUGGCGUGGACGUGCUGGAUUCGCAGACGAUGUUGCACCGGUUUAAAUUGCGGAGGAUCGCGGGGCAGACGCCUAUUCGAUACCAGGGGGAGGAGAGGCGGCCGACGGUGAGGGAGGUGGAAGAGUGGAGGAUUCUCCAGAAUCUUGAUGCGAGUUCGAAGCUGAAGUAG